UGAAAAGAUGAAAGCUUUCAACUUGGAGUUAGUAGCAAUUCUUAUUCUUUCGAUGUCUUUAUGGCAUGCAACUGAAGGAGGACCAGCUCCUCGUGUUUCAAGGUUAGAAAUCAUACAUCAGACAUGCAAUGGAAGAAAUCCUGUCUUUUAUUAUAUCCAGAUGGGAUAUGCAACGCAAACAUCAGAAGCUUGGAAUGGCUCUAAUGCCUCACGGGAUUGUACUUGGGUUCAUCGUUACCUUACUACGGGAAGGAUAAUAACCGGAUGGAUAUCAAAAUGCGAAAACAGGAAAACCUGUUCUACUACUCUCAAACUCCGCAACGGAAGAUAUUGGGAUAGCCAGUUUAAAAACUGUUGCAAUUAAAUGCACAUUAAGUUCA